CAUCGGUAGAUUAUGGUGUCUUGUAAUUUUAAUAUCUGUCAAAAUUUGUCAUUCCUGUGUGAUUCCUGCCCUGUCUUCAAAUUUUUUAAAAAUCAAAUAUUGAUUGGAAUUUUGAUUUAAUUUCUCAAACAGUGAAUAGUUUUCUAAUGAGUUUAGGACUAACACCAACAGAAAAUACCAAAUAAUGAUUAAUUGAGGUUAAAAUCCAAUCUUUCAGCUACAAUGGGUAAAUUAAGUGCUUUUCUUUUGAUAUGCUUUAUCUUUACAUUCGGGUAUGGUAUCGGCUUGAUCAAUUUUAUAACAGACUUUGAAGAUAAGUGUGAAAUGACCUACAUCUAUGAAUAUCCUCAGUUUGUUCGAGUAUCACAUCAUUUGGAUGAGAAAUUCCCAAAAUAUGCCUUAUUUGCCUACAGCGAAGGGAGGUUCACAUCAGAGGUUCGCAAUAUGCACUUCACUGGGAUACCUGUUUUGUUUAUACCAGGAAACGCUGGAUCUCAUAAGCAAGUGAGAUCCCUGUCAUCAAUUGCUCUAAGAAAAAUGUUGAGCAAUGGAAUCCCAUACCAUUUUGACUAUUUUACAUUGGAUUUGAAUGGUGAAUUAAGUGGGGUUUAUGGCCCACUACUAUUUGACCAACUGGAAUAUGUUAAUAGCUCGUUAUACAGAAUCUUAGACCUGUACAAAGGAAAUGAUAACAAGCCUGAAUCUGUGGUUCUCAUAGGACACUCCAUGGGUGGAGUUAUAGCUGUAAAAUUAGCCUGUCAAAUAUCGAAUCCAUCAUUGAUCUCAGUACUGAUAACUUUGGCUAGUCCUCUUAGCAGGCCUCCAAUUUUCCUGGACUACCACACUAAGAAAUUUUAUGAUGAAGGCCUAAUCGCGCCUGAGGAGACUAGUUUGAUUAGUUUGUCAGGAGGCUAUAAUGAUUUUUUGAUACCAUCAUUUCUGAACAAUCUGAAGAGCAGCAAAUCACUAUAUGCAGUAACAACAACCAUUCCUCGUGCCUGGGUAGAGGCAAACCACGUGCAAAUCUUAUGGUGUAAACAAGUUGUUCUCACUAUCACCAGAGCAUUGUUUGACAUUGUGUCUGUUAAAAAGAAACAAAUAUCAAAUAGUACGACAUAUCGCGAUAAAGUCUUCCACCAUCAUCUUAUUGAUAAUAGUGGUAUCAAUAUAAGGUACUGGAACAGUUACGAAGCCCUGGUUCAUAUAAACCACAAGGGCCAAUGGAUAGAAAAUAUCCAGAAACAGUACUCUGUAAAGCAUCUCCAGGGUGUUCGUGAGGCCCACUGGUAUAUGGUUAAAAUGAAUAGUCUUCCUGGUUAUGAAAUGGUUUCUGUUUUGGCUAUAAAUCUGGAAACUGUUGAUUGGGUAUUUGUAUGUAAUGCAUAUGUUCCAAAAGGACCAUCCAAAGUGUGUGUGGAGGGGUAUCAUCUGACUCAGUACUCACAUAUGGCACCAUCUGUAAAAUAUAAAAGAAGAUAUUUACAAAUGAAUAUGUAUGAACUGAGAAGAAAUUACUCUGAAGCAACACAUAUAGUAUUUAGGGUAUUGCCAACAAAUGAACCAAUAAUUUUUCACGUAGAUACUUAUGACAACAACGAACGAAACAUAUCGGUAGAAUUGCCUAAAUGGUGGUCAUUUGAGAAUAGGGUGAUCAUCCAUAAUACUGCAGAGAACGCGGUUCACUACAAUCUCAUUCUACCUCAAUUAGAACACAUUAUACAAUAUUACCAGCUCUACAUACAUCCAACAUAUUGUAGUAAAGAUUAUCACCACGCAUCUGCAAGUUUAAUUGUCCCAUGGAGUCACGAGACAUAUCAUUCCUAUGUCACGAAUGUAGACAAAAAACCUGCAAAUAUAAGACUGUACAGUUCAAAACCUGCGUAUGCUAAAGACUUAUCAGCAUACAUCAGAAUCAUACUGGAACCAUCUUGUUCAUAUAGAAUAAGCAUUCGGCCAUCUAUUAGUGGCAGUCUCGGUCAAUUAGCUAGGGUUUACUCACCUCUUUUACUUACCAACGUAGCUGUGAUAAUUUUAAUGUCGCUGAGACACCAACUAAGAUGUCUUGAAAACAACGUCCAUUGUUCGAUAUUAUUUGUUGCUCUCGAAGAAGGAGCCAAGCCUUAUUUUGUAUUGACAAUAACUAAAAUGCUGUUGCAAGUUAGCAAAAUGCUGCUGCCCAGUUAUGCUCCGCAGCCAGACAUGUUCUAUUUAAUAAAUGAAGGAACAGACUUCUUUUGGUUGCCCCUGGUUCUGUAUUUGUGCAGUGUAGGCAUUGUUUUCCUGAUGGGAAUUGGUCUCGCAGUCUCACUUGUAGCUUUGGAGUCUACUGUCCACAAAAGUGCAUUGAAGUUAUUAGCUCGUAGCAUUAGCUUUAAUGUAAGCUGGUCAGAUUAUUUGAUGACAGGUCUACACAAAGUGCCUUUGAUUGUCGUUGUGACACUGAUUUUAUUGUGUUUAUCUACCUGUGGAAGUCUUGCACUAUGUCUUGGGUGUUUGUUUUAUUUUUUAAGGUUGACGCAGAUGUCACAAGAUUACGUGGAAGAAGUUGUGUGGCAUUUUGCUAAAAAUAUUGCCAGACAAAUUAAAAACAAACUGUUUAGACAGAAAGAGAAUGCCUGUGAUGGUGCGAUUAAAACGCCUUUAAGAAUAACAGAUCCUAAUGUAGAUGAAGACAAACAAGAAAAUGACAAGCAACUUUCCAUUCAACAAAGUGUAGAACAAUCUGUGAAAACUGAAGCAACAAAAGUGUCUGAAACCGUUAACAAAAAUACUGAAACUGAUGAUGAGCAUAAUACUGUAGAAAAAGAUGAGGCAGAACAAGCUGCAGAAAACAAUAUUGAGAACAAAAAUAAAAGUGAUAAUGAUGAAGAAGUAUCUGAAACUGAAUGUAACAAGGAUGACUUUAUUGUAGAUCAUGGAGAGUCAUGUAAUAAAGAAAAAUUCUCGGAUAGAGAUAAACAAGUCGUAUUGAAAAAUGAGGAGGAUCUACAGGUAGCAGUUGGAGGUACAAAAGACACAGAAAAUGACAAUGACAGAAAUAGAAACAAAGAGAAAGAAGGAAAGCUCUUAGCAGGUUAUAGUGCCAUAUUUUUUCAUUCUACUAUAUUUUUGUUGUGGCUUAUUAUAGCUCUUAUUAAUAUACCUGCCGUGAUGACAUGGGCUCGAAACUUUCAGUUCAAUAAAACUUUAACACCUGACGAUUCUUUCAUCCCAGGGAUUGUUUUAAGUGCAUGCGCAUUUCCUUUAUGGCAGUUUGAACUACCAAACUCUAACAGGUCGCUGAUAGCGAAUGUGCUAUCCAUUUUUCAAAGACCAAAAUGGCGGAUUUCAUAUGGUGUACUUUUUUGCAAAACAAUGUUUUGAUUUAGCUCAAAUUGUAGUUUUAUAUGUUUUCAAGUUAUAAUUUAUGUAUUAUUGCAAAGACAAUAACCAAAUUCACCGCCGCUCUCGUUUACACCAAUUAGGUUGUUUCUCCAUCGUCAUACCAAAUUAAUUAAAUUCUAAUUCUUCUGCACGGGAAAAUGUUUCCUGGAGCUGAUAUGCUUGUAUUUGUACAACUAGGUACAGUGCACUGUUUUUAAGUCGAAUGUCUGACACAUUUUUCCCAUUUUUACGGUAAAUCGUAAGCACAGGGCAGUACAACGUUUGUAAAUAGCGCGCAGUAGGCUCAUCGCUUUGUAAAAAAUAUGUACAGUGCUAUAAUCGUUUUAAAUGGGCUUAAAAAUAUAGGAACUUCCUCAUUUAAAGUCUUGCUACAAUAUUAACUGCUGAUAGUAGUAUGUAAAAUUUUGUUACUAUAUUUUAGGAAAUGGUUGGAUAAGUUACAAUUAUUUCUGUUGGCUGUAGCAGUAAUAAGCUUGCUGUUUGCCACUAUAUCAGUCUACAGGCUUAAUUACUUAUUGACAGCUACUAUUGCUGUGAUUACUCUUCAGCAGUUGUUGGCCCCAAAAAUAGAAACAUCAGAUAAUGAUGGAAACGAAGAAGAUACUCAUCGAACAAAAUAUGAAAGUGUUAAGGCCAAAUUAGAAUAACUUUGAAACUGUUCGUGGUAUGCUAAAUCGGAAGUUUCAAGCUAGCUCAUUCCGUUUUCUUGGUUCAAUAAAUCGUAUAGACGGAAUGCAUCUUUCUCUUAAUCAAUUUUUAUAUCAAUAACUUAUAAAACAUUGUUUACGAUUAUGCUGAUGUCAAGUUUUUGAGUUAUUGAUUGAUUAGCUUCGUUCUACAUGCCACACUAGAAAAAAAAGAAACUAUUUCACGAGUAUCCAUCACGGUAGAAUUAAUGACAACUGAUUAUCUAGUAAUAUCUCAAAAUUGCCCAUAUCGGCACAGGAUACAACAUUCCUACAAACAAAUUUUACUAGAUUUACAUCCCAUUGAUUAUUGCCAACGUCGCAGACUAACACAAAAAUGUCACUUGCCGAUCAGCUGUUCACCUCAGUAGACGUCAAACCGUGAUGGAAACUCGUGAAAUAAGAUAUACAGGUAUAUAGUCGUUUGUUAAACGACACUCAUAUCUUAUACAUUUAUAAUGCCAUACAGCUUUAAACAGUCAUCUUAACUUUAUGAGAUUGCCAAUCUGAUUCAGCUCGAUUUGAAGUUAGUCAAAACAUAUAAGAGAGUGCAUUCCUUGUCUAUAUUAACGUUAAUGAAAUGCUGCUGAUAUGAGGUAUUCAACAAAUGUUUGCUUUAAAAGUGUAUAAUUUUGCUUAAAAUAGUUUUAGUAUAUAUAGAUACAUCACUAUAAGCCUGUUUCCCAUGUUCAAAAUAAGUGUAGUUUGUACCUAUAUGGGUUUUUCACUUAAGGAGUGAAGACGUAUUUAACAAAUACGAUUUGUGAUAUAGUUUUUAGUUAUGUUUUGAAGUUGAAAAUAUAGUUGAGGAAGGCUUAAAAAAUUCUAACAGUAUCCUUUUGUAUAAGAAUUAUUAUAUUGUUCUUG